AUGGACCCCCCCGCCCUGUGGGUCCUCCAGACGCUGCUGGUGCUGAUGACCUUGCCCCCUGUGGCCGCGGUCCCCUGCCCCCGACCCUGCUCCUGCCCCCAGCCCGCUGAGCUCCACUGCACCUUCCGCUCCCUCAUCACCAUCCCAGCUGCUGUGUCCAGACACGUUGAACGCAUGAAUCUGGGGUUCAACAGUAUUAAUAAGAUUACAGACAAAUCACUGGCUGGUCUGAGGAAGCUGGAGCUUCUGAUGGUCCAUGGGAACGACAUCCACAGCCUUCCCCAUGGCGCGUUCAAGGAUCUUACUUCACUGCAGAUGUUGAAGAUGAGCUACAACAAGCUGAAGGAGAUCAACAGACACACCCUUCAUGGUCUCUGGGCCUUGGCCAGGUUACACCUGGACCACAACCAACUGGAGUUCAUCCACCCAGAUGCCUUCCAGGGCCUCACCGCCCUGCGGCUGCUACAGCUGGAAGGCAAUCGGCUUCAGCAGCUGCACCCAGCCACCUUCGCCACCUUCACCCUGAUGGGCCACUUUCACGUCUCCACUCUGAGGCACCUCUAUCUGUCAGACAACAGACUGACAUCACUGCCCUCGAGGCUGCUGGCGACCAUGCCACAGCUGGAGAACCUGUACCUCCAUGGGAACUCGUGGAUAUGCGACUGCAACAUGAGGUGGCUCUAUGACUGGGAUAAAACUUCUCCAGAUGUCUUGAAAUGUAAAAAGGACAGGGCCCUUCCCGGUGGCCAGCUGUGCCCCAUGUGCUCCUCUCCUAGGCACCUUCACAAGAAAGAGCUUCAGGCUUUAGAGAACCUGGUCUGCAGCAGCCCCAUUAUCAGUUCUCCUCACAGGACUUCCCCACCUGAUGACGUCGAGAGUGAGGUGAUGACCAUGGAGGACUUCAGGGAACCAUUUGGGAACAUCUCUCUGGGCCUGUCAGACGAACAUGGGAAUGAGGUGGAUCUUGAGUGUGAUAUUGGCGAGCCAAGAGUGCUUACCAAGAUCAACUGGGAGCAAGUCAACCUGCUGGCCUCCAACAUCAGUGUGUCUGUGGAUCUUGAAUGCCCUGUCGAUAGAGAAAAGUAUGAGCAACUGUGGAGGCUUAUCGCAUACUACAGUAAUGUGCCAGCUCACGUACAAAGGGGGAUUAUGCUCAGAAAUGAGCCGAAUCCAGUCUACGUAUACAGACAGGACUCUGAGAAGGAUGCCCAGUACUACACAGGUGUUAAAGUUAAUAUCAUGGCCCAGCCGGCAUGGCUGAUGCAGACAUCUGCAAGCCUUCAGCUGAACAGACUUCAAUCAUCAGCCAAGAUGGUAAAAUUGAUCCUGAGCACAGACUUCUCAGAGACAGUUGAGACAGAGCUUGUGCGGAGACAGAGGCGGACAUGGGUCAUGAUUGAGUCAAUAAACACGACUAGCACAGUGUUGAGUGUUAUCCUGGGGAAUCCAAGUCAACUGUACUGCAACGUGCACAGUUCUGGCCAACCAGUCAUCCACUGGAUGCUGCCAAAUGGCUCUAGGGUGGAGGCCCCAUACAGUAGUCCAGACAACAGGGUGUCUCUGUCCAGUGAUGGACAGCUGGUCAUUAAAGCUGUCAGCCACGCAGACACUGGAAUUUACUACUGUAUUGCCAAGGUUCAUGAAGACCUUGCUGUCAUGCCAUUCCAUCUGACAGUGCAUGAAUCUUCUAGCCCUCCCCCAGGGGAGGACACCUCAAUUACACCUAUUGAGGGAUUUGCAGGCAACCCCAUUUCACUGCCUUGCACAGCAUCUGGUUCUCCCGAUGCUGAAAUUAACUGGAUCCUGCCAAACAGCAACAUUGUUAGUUUCAAAGCUAACUCCUCGAGAGCUUUGGUGUAUUCCAACGGCACUCUACAUAUCCCACAGACUCAGCUAUUGGACAGUGGUCAUUAUAAAUGCAUUGCCAUUAAUCAACAUGGUGUGGAUACACUGGCUACAAAAAUCACUUUUGUCCGGCGAAAAGGGCUCAUAAGGCCCUUGAGGAAGUUUCCAACAAGACCUCAGUCAGCGUCAGGGGUGAACACUCAGAUUAAAGUCCCCACAGAGAAUGAAGAGGAGUCCUCAGGGGACAUUGAAGUCAUUAAGGUGGGGGCUCCAAUGAGUCGCUUGGAUCCUUUGAGGAAGAGAAUUCUAGGAGGUGUGGCCCCUGGCAGAAGGGGCGUCCAUCCAUCAAGGAACAGGAAGAACACAGUUGAGAGCAGGAGGAAGAUUAAUAUGUCAAAGACUAAAAUAGACCCAGAGAAAUGGGCUGAUAUUUUGGCUAAAAUUAGGGAUCGAAAUGCUCAGAAUACCCUAACUGGAAGAGGCUCUAUUCCAAGAGGGAAGCCAAGAAUAACUGAGAGCAAUUUCCAGACUUUCACUGUGGACGCUGAAACAGAUGCUGAGCUUCCCUGUGGGGCCGAGGGUGAGCCAAUGCCCUUCCUGUCAUGGACUAAAGUUGCCAGUGGGGCAAGUAUUGCUCAGAACACCAGAGUCCAGAGGUUUGAGGUCCAUCCAAAUGGUACAUUAAUCAUCAGAAACACACAGCCCUUGGAUGGGGGCCAGUACUUUUGCACAGUCCAGAACCAGUACGGGACAGACAAGUUGGUGGUCAACCUUGUGGUCCUGUCUCAGCAUCCGCGGGUCCUCCAGCCUCGGCACAGAGACAUCACUGUGCGCCUUGGUGACAAAGUCAAGAUGGAGUGUAAAGUGGAGGGGCACCCUCCGCCUCGAGUCACAUGGGUGCUCUCUAACCAUGUCCACGUAGCUGCUGCCCCACUUGGUGUUGCCCCUCAGCAGCAUGUGGCCGUCUUUCAUAACGGAACACUCCAGAUCAGCCAGGCCACUUACACAGACAGAGGGAUUUAUAAGUGCAUUGGCAGCAGUGCAGCUGGGGCCGACUCAGUAUCAGUCCGCCUUUAUGUCUCAGUGUUGCCACCUGUGAUUCAGCAGGCAGAACAUGAGAACACUACUCUCCCAGAGGGUAGCCCUGCCUACAUCCACUGCACUGCCACAGGGGCCCCUCAGCCAGUCAUCAGCUGGAUCACACCAGAUGGCAUACAGCUCACUGCUUCCCAAUUUGUUACUGGACGCAACGUCAUUGUCUUUCCCAAUGGGACCCUGUACAUACGGGGAUUGGGCCAGGGAAAUGCUGGGAGAUAUAAAUGUUCAGCAAGUAACGCCGUGGCAUCCAGCACGAGAACAGUGAUUUUGAGCACAAGGAGGAAUCCGAACUCUGCCAAGGCCAGUAUCACCUUGUCGUCCCCCCAGAGAACAGAAGCGAUCUAUGGGGGGAGGCUGCUGCUCAACUGCGUGGCAACAGGAGGGCCGGAGCCCCGGAUCAUCUGGAGGACACCCUCUAAAAAGCUUGUGGAUGCUCAGUACAGUUUUGACCCGAGGAUAAAGGUGUUCCCCAAUGGCACUAUCACCAUUUAUUCUGUGACCGACAAGGACAGCGGUGACUACCUGUGUGUGGCACGUAACAAGAUGGGUGAUGACUACGUUCUGCUGCGGGUCGACGUGUUGACCAGACCGGCCAAGAUCGAGCAGAAGCAGCAGAGAUCCAAUCAGGAAGUGGUGUACGGUGGGGACCUGAAGGUGGACUGUGUGGCAUCUGGUCUCCCCAACCCUGAGAUCAGCUGGGCACUGCCGGACGGCAGCAUGGUCAACCCCGUCAAACAAAGUGGUAUUGUCAGCGGGGGACGCAGUCGCAGGUAUGUGGUGUUUGACAAUGGAACGCUGUACUUCAACCAUGUCGGCAUGCCAGAAGAAGGUGAUUACACCUGCUACGCUGAGAACCAACUUGGCAAGGAUGAGAUGAAGGUUAGAGUCAAAGUCAAGGUUGCAAAUUCCCCACCACUAAUCCAGGAUAAAGACCAAAAGUCUGUCAGGGUUUUCUAUGGUGAGACAGUCACACUGAGAUGCAAUGCCAAAGGGGUGCCAAUGCCAACCAUCACAUGGAUAUCCCCUACAAAUAGAGUGAUCACCCCUGCAUUAGACAAAUACCAGGUCCUAGAUGAUGGGACAUUGGUGGUUCAAAAGGUCCAGCGCUUUGAUGGAGGUAACUACACCUGCAUGUCGAGGAGCAAUGCAGGACAAGACCAUAAAGUAAUUAAGCUUGAGGUCUUAGUAACAUCUCCAAUGAUCAACGGUAUAAGAGGAACUGCCAACACCAUCAAGGUGGCCGCAGUCCAGGAUCAGCGGAAGCUGGUGGACUGUGUGGCAAAAGGAACUCCCACCCCUCGCAUCAUGUGGGUACUACCAGGAAAUGUGAUACUACCUGCACCAUACUACAGCAACAGAAUGACAGUACACCAAAAUGGUACAUUGGAAAUCCGGUCAGCCAAGAGGACAGAUUCGGGGCAGCUGGCUUGUAUCGCUCGUAAUGAAGGAGGAGAGGUCAAGCUGGUGGUCAACUUGGAUGUGAAAGAAGCUGUUGAGAAUCCACAAAUUAGAGGUUCCAAACCAGAUAGCCUUUCACUGACGGUGGGGAAUACAAUGAUUUUGAAUUGCUCUUUUGAGGGCUCAAAACUUCCUCAGCUUACUUGGAUCUUACCCAACGGCACACCAUUGCAUAGCGGUGUUCGGUUUUUAAAGUUUUUCCACAAGCCCGAUGGCUCUUUGAUCAUCAGCAACCCAUCUGUUGCUGAAACUGGUAUGUAUCGCUGUCUGGGGCGUAAUUCUCGAGGGCUUGUGGAGCGUACCAUCACAUUGUCCCCUGGGAGAAAGCCAGAGAUGAACAACAGAUAUAACUCUCCUGUCAGUGUUGUCAAUGGGGAAAGACUUUUGCUUCAUUGUCUAAGCAGUGGCGAACCUCUCAGACUAACAUGGACAAUACCCAGUGGGGUGGUCCUCAACAGGCCACAGAGAGCUGGUCGAUAUGCUGUACUACCUAAUGGGACACUUGCCAUCCAACAAGUAUCAGUUUAUGAUCGGGGUUCCUACGUGUGCAGAUCGGCAAACGAGUACGGCAGCUCUCAGCUUUCUGCAUCAGUAAUUGUGAUUGCAUACCCCCCUCGAAUUACCAACGGCCCUCCCUCUGUGACUUAUGCUAAACAUGGAGUUGCUGUUCAGUUAAACUGUGUAGCAACUGGGAUCCCAAGAGUGGAGGUAGCAUGGGAAACACCUGAUAAAACCCGCUUGGCUGUCAGUGCGCAACCACGCCUUUUUGGGAACAAGUACCUCCAUCCACAAGGUUCCCUCAUCAUCCAGAACCCGACACAAAGAGAUGCUGGCGUCUAUCGAUGCACAGCUAGGAAUGCAAUAGGCAUAGACUCUAAAGCUACCAUUCUCCAAGUGUUUUGA